GAAGAAGAAGUAGAAGAAGAAGAAGAAGAAGAAGAUGAAGAUGAAGAUGAAGAUGAAGAUGAAGAUGAAGAUGAAGAGGUCGACGUAGAGACGUAUGAGAAGCCUAGUCAAGAUGAACAAAAGCAGAAGAAUCACUACAACUCAUAUUUACAACGAUCACCGAACCCUAAAGAAAAGAAAAAUACGAUGGUAACAAAUUGUAAACAAAAGAAAAGUAUGGUGGUAACGACAACUCAUGCACCGAAGCCACGAGGCAGGCCACCGACGAGUGCAAAACGAAAACGAAAAGCUACAUCGAACGCUGUUUCAACAAAUAACAAAAGAAAAUGUACGAGAAACACUACUAGAGGAAGAAUGACGAAAAAUAAUAAAGAUGGCGCUCUUUCGAAAAAUUCGACUGACGAUGAGGCAGAUAAGGACAAGCGACAUAUACAUAAUAACAUGGAAAGACAGAGACGAGUCCAACUUAAGGAUUAUUUUGAAGGUCUUCGUAGUGCAGUACCUUCGCUUGAAAACAAGGAAAGAGCUGCUAAAGUGGUGAUUCUUAAUAGUGCUAAGCAAUACGUUCAAUAUCUAAACAGUGAAUUAAAAAUUAAAAAUAAAAUGUUAGAAAGGUUAAGAUAUGAACAAGAGAUGUUGAUGAACCGUCUCAAAUUCCUUAGAUCUAAUUUCGUUAGGAUUCAUCACGCAGAUUAAAUGGCAAAAUAAAAGAAAAAGUGUCCAAUCACUUACAAAUUUCCAUGUUACAAGUUCGCCUAUAUAAACAUACAUAUAUACAUGUAUGUAUUUACAUUUUCGUCACUACAUGUUAACAUUUAUCAACAUAGAAAUGCAAUUCGGUUAGACAUGAAGAUUAGAACGAAGAAGAGGACGACAACUAUGAUGAAUUUUUCAGUUUCCCGACAUGAAAGUUUUUGUUAAACUUUUUCAUUUAUUCCUGAUUAUUUAUUGAGGAAGGAGAUCGUCAUGAAUUGACAAUGAAUACUACGAUUGGAUACUAGUAAAGGUUUAUGACAAACCACCACGACUACGCGCCUGCAAUUUUUGUGGAGAAACAAAAGUACAUGGAGAAAACAUCUUUUUUCUUUUUAUUAAAAGAAAAAAUGCGAACGUCGAAAGAUCCAGAAGAAGAUGUCUUCACAAGAAGUUUUCGCUUCAUUUUUAUUAUUUGGAAAAUAGUUAUAAAAAAUAAUCGCGAAAUAGAUAGGAAAACACGAGAAAUGUAAUGGAUGAAGGUUAACGAUAGGCAAAGCACAUCCAAGAAUUUACAUGAUUUAGACGUAUUUUGUACUUUUUUAUUUAUAACUUUGCUUCGCGUAUCGUUCCUUAUGAAAACAAA